UCGCGCCGAGGCUGUGGCUGAAGCAGCAGCAGCAGCGGCGGCUAAGGCGAGUUGUUGUUCCUCCUCCUCGCAUGGUGUCUCGCGGGCGGCGGUGACAAGCCUUUGCCGAGGCCUCCGCUCGGCCUCUCUCCUUCUUUUCAGCCAUGGCUGGGGAAGGAGGCGGACAACACUCGGCGGAGCUGCGAGCGGAGCUCUAUUUCCUCAUCGCGCGCUUUCUGGAGAGCGGACCCUGCCAGGAAGCGGCUCAGGUCCUGAUCCGAGAAGUGGCCGAGCGGGAGCUCCUGCCUAGGCGCACCGACUGGACCGGGAAGGAGCACCCGCGCAGCUACCAGAGCCUCGUAAAAUAUUAUAGACAUUUGGCACCUGAUCACCUAUUCCAGAUAUGCCAUCGACUAGGACCACUUCUAGAACAAGAAAUUCCACAGAGUGUUCCAGGAGUCCAAACAUUGUUAGGAGCUGGAAGACAGUCUUUGCUUCGCACAAGCAAAAGCUGCAAGCAUGUGGUGUGGAAAGGAUCUGCUCUUGCUGCGUUGCACUGUGGAAGACCUCCAGAGUUGCCAAUAAACUAUGGCAAUCCUGCUAGUAUAGCUGAAACUCUCUUUUCAAGAAAAGUAAAUGGAAAAUACAGACUUGAACACUUAGUUCCAACCGCUGUUUAUCAACAUAUGAAAAUGCACAAGCGGAUCCUGGGACACUUGUCUUCAGUAUAUUGCGUAACAUUUGAUCGAACAGGCAGACGAAUAUUCACUGGUUCUGAUGAUUGUCUUGUGAAAAUCUGGGCAACGGAUGAUGGAAGGUUGCUUGCUACUUUAAGAGGACAUGCAGCUGAAAUAUCGGACAUGGCUGUUAAUUUUGAAAACACAAUGAUUGCUGCUGGGAGUUGUGACAAAAUGAUAAGAGUAUGGUGUCUCCGAACAUGUGCUCCUUUGGCUGUUUUGCAAGGCCACAGUGCAUCCAUAACGUCGCUACAGUUUUCUCCACUAUGCAGUGGUUCAAAAAGAUACCUGUCUUCAACAGGGGCUGAUGGAACAAUAUGCUUUUGGUUGUGGGAUGCUGGAACCCUUAAAAUAAAUCCAAGGCCAACAAAGUUUACAGAACGUCCGAGACCUGGAGUGCAAAUGAUCUGUUCUUCUUUUAGUGCUGGUGGAAUGUUUCUGGCCACUGGAAGUACAGAUCACAUCAUUAGGGUUUAUUUCUUUGGAUCAGGUCAGCCAGAGAAGAUAUCAGAGUUGGAGUUUCAUACUGAUAAAGUGGACAGCAUUCAGUUUUCUAACACUAGCAGUCGAUUUGUAAGUGGGAGUCGUGAUGGAACAGCACGCAUUUGGAUGUACAAGAAAAAGGAAUGGAAGAGCAUUUUGUUAGAUAUGGCUACUCGUCCUGCAGGUCAAAACGCACAAGGAGUAGAAGACAAAAUCACAAAACUGAAAGUUACUAUGGUAGCAUGGGAUCGCCACGACAAUUCAGUUAUCACUGCUGUUAAUAACAUGACCUUGAAGGUUUGGGACUCUUUUACUGGACAACUUAUUCAUGUCCUCAUGGGCCAUGAAGAUGAAGUAUUUGUACUUGAAAGUCACCCUUUUGACCCUAGAGUGCUCUUCUCUGCUGGCCAUGAUGGAAAUGUAAUCGUAUGGGAUUUAGCAAAAGGAGUAAAAAUCAGAUCUUAUUUCAAUAUGAUUGAAGGACAAGGACAUGGGGCAGUGUUUGACUGCAAGUGCUCUCCUGACGGCCAGCAUUUUGCUUGUACAGACUCACAUGGUCAUCUUUUGAUCUUUGGCUUUGGUUCCAGCAGUAAAUAUGAUAAGAUAGCAGAUCAGAUGUUCUUUCACAGUGAUUAUCGGCCUCUUAUCCGUGAUGCCAACAACUUUGUGCUGGAUGAACAGACACAGCAAGCACCGCACCUCAUGCCUCCCCCAUUUUUGGUUGAUGUUGAUGGUAAUCCUCAUCCAUCAAGAUAUCAAAGAUUAGUUCCAGGACGUGAGAACUGUCGAGAGGAGCAACUUAUCCCUCAAAUGGGGGUAACUUCAUCAGGACUGAACCAAGUUUUAAGUCAACAAGUUAGUCCUUUGGACAGCAUGAUACAAAGACUUCAACAAGAGCAAGACCAGAGGCGGUCUGGAGAGGCUGGAACUAGCAAUAUUAACAGAAUUGGAAGGGGCUCUGCAAACACCACUUCAGAGGUUCAUUCACCACCAAAUGUGGGAUUAAGACGCAGUGGACAAAUUGAGGGCGUACGGCAGAUGCAUAGCAAUGCACCAAGAAGUGAAAUAGCUACUGAAAGGGACCUAGUGGCAUGGAGUCGAAGGGUUGUUGUGCCAGAGCUGACAGCAGGAGUAGCCAGUCGACAGGAAGAAUGGCGAACAGCUAAGGGAGAAGAAGAAAUAAAAAUAUACAGAUCAGAAGAGAAAAAAAAGCAUAUUGUAAGCCACGUUGCAAGAGAGAACAAAACACCUCCUUUGCCUAAGAAUCAUACUAAUGAUCAUAUAUUAGAUGCAAGUGAUUCGAAAAAACAACAGGCCAAUCCACAUAAUUACCGUACUAGAUAUGCAUUGGAAGAAACUGCAAGGCCAAAUGAAGACAUGGAAAAUGGAAGCAGUUCAUCAGAGGAGAUAGAAGUAGUUGUUGCCAGUGGUGGAACAUCUGAAGAUGAAGGAAAGGCAUGGAACAGUGAUGGUAGUUCUAGUGAUUAUUCUAGUGAUUAUUCUGAUUGGACAGCAGAUGCUGGAAUUAAUCUGCAGCCACCAAAGAAAGUUCCUAAAAUCAAGACAAAGAAAGUAGAGAGCAGUUCAGAAGAUGAAGAGGGUCCAGAAAAACAAAGGCAAAAGCAAAUCAGAAAAGAAAGAAAAAAAGGUAUUGAAGACAAAGAUGGUCCAACAUCACCAAAGAAAAAGAAACCCAAAGAGAGAAAACAAAAGAGGUUGCCUGUGGGAGUUUUAUCAGAAAAUGGCUUGACAUUGGAAGAAUGGCUGCCUUCAGUAUGGAUUACGGAUCCUUUCCCCCGCCGAUGUCCAUUUGUACCACAAAUGGGAGACGAGGUUUACUAUUUCCGCCAAGGCCAUGAAGCAUAUGUUUCUAUGGCAAAGAAGAACAAGAUAUAUAGCAUCAAUCCAAAAAAACAACCGUGGCAUAAGAUGGAACUUCGGGAACAAGAGCUGAUGAAAAUAGUUGGAAUAAAAUAUGAAGUUGGGUUGCCUACACUUUGUUGCCUUAAACUGGCUUUUCUUGACCCAGAUACUGGUAAACUGACUGGAGGAUCUUUUACAAUGAAGUAUCAUGAUAUGCCAGAUGUUAUCGAUUUCCUGGUGUUAAGGCAGCAAUUUGAUGAUGCAAAACACAGACGAUGGAACAUAGGUGAUAGAUUUAGAUCUGUAAUUGAUGAUGCCUGGUGGUUUGGGACAAUAGAAAGUCAAGAGCCCCUUCAGCCUGAUUAUCCUGACAGCUUGUUUCAGUGCUACAAUGUCUGUUGGGACAAUGGAGACACUGAGAAAAUGAGUCCUUGGGAUAUGGAGCCUAUACCAAACAAUGGUAUGUGUCUACUUUCCCCUAGAAGUACAGAAAGGAGACAGAACUUACUAUCUGUCUUUCCAGAGGAGCUUGGAACUAGUGUUCCUUUAACUAGUGCUGAGAGCAGAUCACUGAUCUAUAAGCCCCUGGAUGGAGAAUGGGGUUCUCGGAGUCGCGAUGAUGAAUGUGAAAGAAUAAUUUCAGGGAUAAACCAACUGAUGACUCUAGAUAUUGCGUCUGCUUUUGUGGCUCCUGUGGAUUUCCUAGCUUAUCCAAUGUACUGUACUGUUGUUGCAUAUCCUACUGAUCUCAGCACAAUUAAACAAAGACUGGAAAAUAGAUUUUACAGGCGUCUUUCUUCACUCAUGUGGGAAGUUCGGUAUAUAGAAUACAAUACUCGGACAUUCAAUGAACCAGGAAGUCCCAUUGUCAAAUUGGCGAAGUUUGUCACAGACCUCCUUCUGCAGUUCAUGAAAGAUCAGACUUGCUAUGACAUAAUCCCACUUUAUAAUGCAAUGAAGAAAAAAGUCUUGUCUGACUCAGAGGAGGAAGAAGAGAAAGACGUUAACAUGCCAGGCACUUCCACUAGAAAGAGGAAGGAUCAUCAGCCAAAGCGGAGGCUGCGUAAUAGAGCACAAUCCUAUGAUAUUCAGGCCUGGAAAAGGCAGUGUCAGGAAUUGUUGAAUCUGAUUUUUCAGUGUGAAGAUUCUGAACCAUUUCGUCAGCCAGUGGAUCUUCUUGAAUAUCCGGAUUACAGAGACAUCAUUGACACACCAAUGGAUUUUGCUACAGUUCGAGAAACACUAGAAGCAGGGAAUUAUGAAUCUCCAAUGGAGUUGUGUAAAGAUGUGAGACUAAUCUUCAGCAACUCCAAAGUUUAUACACCAUGCAAAAGAUCAAGAAUUUACAGCAUGAGCCUACGCCUGUCUGCCUUCUUUGAGGAACACAUUAGUUCUAUUUUAUCAGAUUACAAGUCUGCUUUGCGUUUUCAUAAAAGAAGCACCGUUAAAAAAAGAAGGAAGAAAAGAAGUAGAAGCAGUUCUGUUUCUAGUAGUGUUGCAUCAAGUCCAGAAAGGAAACGGCGACUAAUAAAGCCGCAGUUGAAAGCUGAACCCACAUCUGCCCCUGUCUCCUCUGCACCUGCCCGGGGAACAUCCCUGAGAAACAUUGCUGCUCAGAUGAAUGGGAAAGCGGUUGACUCUGCAACUUUGGUCCGAAAAAGGAGUACAAGGGCAGUAACAGAAAUAGCUAAUCAUGAGCAGCCAUCUACUUCAGCAGGAAAACCUUUAACUGUGAAACCUAGUAUUGUUGCACAAGGAGUGCCAGUGCCAGAAAAUUCUACCAAACUCUCCAAGAAUCAGAAUAUGUUACCAGUCCCUAAUCAAACCAAUUACACUCACAACACUAGAAAUAAUACUGGAAGAGAAAAUGUGGAAAAAGAUAAACCAAUUAAACGUAAAAUCAAACCAAAAUCUUCCACCAGCAAUCCACAAGCAGAUUGCAAGAAGAGCGCUGUGGCUUUGGCAUCAGGAAGCAUCCAGGUGAAUGGACACGGAGGACAGCCCUCAAAGCCCGUGUUUAAGAGGGGUCCUGGACGGAAACCCAAGAAUGAGACUAAAAACAGCUGUGAAGUGGUACCCAAAAAAAGAGGAAGAAAACCAAAAAGCCUGUUACUUGCUCAGCAGCAGAGUUUGGAGCAGAAUGCAAACCAAGUCACUAAAGGCUUGCCAACAGAGGAAGCCUCUGCUUCUACUGCAUGCAAUUCUGUCCCAGAAAAUAAUGUGAAAAAAGACCUAUUACCAAGGAAAGGACGUGUAGGUAGAAAGCCAAAAAGAAAGCCACAGGCAGAGCAACCAGGAUUGGAACAUAAGUUUUCUGCAGAUCCUAAGAUUCAGACAAGAAGCAGGAGAAAAAAAACAGAUGGACCUGUUGAAGAAGGGGAUGCAGAGCCUGAGGAGUGUAAAGACUCUGAGCCUCACAUGAGAACUAGAAACCAGGGGAGAAGGACAGCUUUUUACAAUGAAGAUGACUCAGAGGAGGAGCAAAGGCAGCUGUUGUUUGAAGACACCUCUUUGACUUUUGGGACAUCUAGCAGAGGCAGAGUCCGAAAAUUGACUGAAAAAGCAAAGGCUAAUCUGAUUGGUUGGUAACUUCAGCAUUUUAAAAAUGCUCAUAAAUAGGUACAACUGAGGAAUUAGAAGACCUAUGGAUACUGCUUUUGGCUGCUAUUCACAAGUGAGAUUGGUUUUUGAUUUGGAGAAAUAGAGCAAAAACAAACUGAACGUUUCUUUGGAAGAAGUAUGUAUUUUAAACAUUUGCUAUUUAUUGCCCUCCAAGUAGGUUAUGCAUUUCAAUUUACUUCAGUUGGAAUCAAAGAUUGUAUAAAUGAAACUUGAUUUGGAGAGAUGCUACUGUAAUUUUGAACAGUACAACCUCUAAUUGAUUAAAAUGAGAGAAUUUUUAAUGUAACAGACUGAGAACAGAACUAUUUUUGAAUGAGCAAGGUACAGUACAUUUGUAUAGAGUGUAGUAUCUGUGUUUUUCAGGAUAUUAGCAGAGUAUGGCAGUAGACACUAUUGAGAACAAAUGCAAAAUUGCCAAACUUUGCCGAUUCGGUAGCAUUUAAUUCGGUAGUGAUUGGGCACACUUUUUGGAAAAACCAAUGUAGUGCAGGUUGUUUUAUCUAUGUUCUGCCAGAGAGAGAAAUUACAGUGUGUAAAUCUAUAUAUUUAUAUAUAGAUAUGUAGAUAUAUAUGCAUACAUAUAUAUAUCCACAUUGGAAAAAGUUUGACUAAUAUGUCUAAUUUUUCAGACCUUCAUUCUCGUAUCAAUCAAAUCUCUGUUUAUCGUGCCAAAGACUGAAAACCGGUACAGUGGAAUAGUUUUGAGUGUCAGUGCAGCCUACAGUUUCAAUUAUGUUUAUGAUUCCAUGUUCAAAGUAUAGAUUGUUCUGAAAAAUUAUCUCUACUGAUACUUUGUAAUAAAAAAUACACAAUAAUGCACUGGUGGGAUCCUUUAAAAGAACUUGAGGAAAAGUUAUAAAUUGUGUUAAAGGGAUCAAGGAACAUGCAGGAAAAUAUGAGAUUCUGGUGUUUAUGUUAUUAUCAUAUUAGCAAUUACUACAAAUUGUGUUAAACGGACUAAAAUUACUUUCUGAAGAAGUAUGUGCAUAUACAUAUUGAAUAUGUACACUAGCACAUCAGUACACAAUAUUACCCAGGUAUAAUUGUUUCAGGACUUUUUAGAUAGUGCUAGAAUAUUAUUAAUUUUUAAAAUGUCAUACUAUAAUUUUACGGGGAAUAAUUGGUUAUUUUCAGUCAUUAAAGAUAAAAAGGCCAAAUCACGUAUGCAAUCAUGUUUUAUACAGUAUUCGCAUUGCACAUUGUUUUCUGCACUUUUUACAGUAUACUUAUCAAGCUGACAUGAGACAAUAUAAACACCCUAAAGGAAAAAUCCCACUUUAUGAUUGUGCCUUGUAUUCUAUUAUUUUGUGCAUCUUUAGUAAGCUUAAGUUGUCUAUUGUAAAUGAUGACUAUAUGACUUAGGAGAAUGUAUUGUUGUAUGUACUGCAAUGGAAAAAGACAGUUAUUUAUUUAUGGUACAUUUACUUAUUUUAUACUUUAAAUUUUAAUACAAUUUUAUUGUUUAAAAGCAUAGUCCAAUUUAAAAAAAAUACAGUCAAUCUGUAGCAUGGUACAAAAAUGUAACUACACUUUUCAUAGAACAUUGGGGAAAGGAAGAGAUAAUUAAAAACAAAAGUUUCCAUAUUUGUGAAAACUGCCUGGUCUUGAGCAAGAAAUGAAAAGUUGCAACAGUGGGCUCCUCAUGCAUAUAUUCACAAAAGGGGUGUGGUGCUGUCAACUUGUAGGAAUGCAGUGUGAAGGGCGAGGAUCUGAGUCAAUCACUUGUGAUUCCACUAUUAUAGUGGUUCUCAACCUGUGGGUCCCCAGGUGUUUUGGCCUACAACUCUCAGAAAUCCCAGCCAGUUUACCAGCUGUUAGGAUUUCUGGGAGUUGAAGGCCAAAACAUCUGGGGACCCACAGGUUGAGAACCACUGCUCUAGUGGAAAGGGGAGGGUAGUCACAUUGCCCAGCAUUCUGAAUAGAUUUUUAACUCCACCAAAAACUGGCAUUGGCUAUCUGUUUUGUUCCAUAUUCAGUUUUCAAGCCAGUUUUGAGAACAACAGAUAAAUCCAGCCCCAGAAGCCAAGAAGGCUGCACAACCAUCUUCACCUUCUGCACAUGUAGAUAACAUAUGACCUGUUUUCAACCGCACACAGUGGAAAACAGCUGAAUUAAAAUGCACUUCUGAUGUUACUACCAACAUCGUGCACAGUAGUGUCAUUCAAUCUCUUCUGAGAUAGUUAACCAUGAUAUGAGUUGCAUCACUUUAUAGAAAAUUGGAGAACAGAGCUUUAAUUCCAGUUGCCUGGUUAAUUGUCAUUAUUUUCCUAAGGCAAAACAAAGUUUACAGUCUGGGUGAACCCCCUUUCAUAAGCCUUGAGUCCCUAUAUCAGAAGAAAUGCAAGAUAAAAGAAAGUAAAUAAAUAAUAAGGCUAAGAUCAUGACAUGGAAAACAAUCUCAGAAUGCUACAUAGUACAUGUGAUAUAGCAUAAUGAUUUAUGUGAGCUUGGUUUUUGAUUGGCUUUUAAAAAUACAUAUUUAUUUCUAAUAUUGCAAGCAUUAAACAUGAAAACAUUACAUAAAUACUGUGUAUCAUGGUAGAAUAUUUCAUAUUUCAGAGUUAUUGUAGUUUUGUAUUUCCCAGUUUUAAUAAUCUCAUUUAAGAUUCUCUGAUGUUGUCUGUGUCAUCAUACAAAAGAUUUAUAUUUAUAUAAAUCAAUUAAUAGGUGUAUAGAUGCGUGUGUUUGUGUAUAUGUGUAUACAGAUUUUCUUGUGAUUUCAGUUUCCUUGAUUUGACUUCAUGUUGCUGGAUUUGAGUGAUCGGCAAAAUUCUCAUUAUAUCAACACAUUGAACUUCUCAUUUAGCACAUUUUAAAGCGAGCAAUAAUUAUUGGUUCAGUAGCUUUGGAUGGGUAGGGAAUAUAGAAGAUGUGCUAUGGAUAAUCCUAUCUCAAGCAUAAUCUAAUGUGUAUUUUAUGAAAUAGUUACAUGGAUAGGUGCAGUUUAUGUUGACACUUACAGUUAUAGAAAUUGUUAUCUCGAACUUGGCAGUUAUGAAAACAAAUGGUAAAUGCUGGUACUGGUUCUGAUGGAAGGCCAUCAAUUAAUCUGUAAAGUUGGCUGUUAAAUCCUUUGAGAAGCAACUAGUUGACUCACUUCAGUAAUUAUAAACCCCAAUGCUGGCUUCAUUUAAAACUGGUACCAACUCUUAAUCCUAAUUGUUUCCCAGGAUCAUAUUGGAUGUUGAACAAAUAAGGUUUUUUAUCUGCACAUUUUGAUGAAAACUUCCAAGAACGGAUUUUCAAUAGCAAUGGGCUGCUGUGAGUUAAAAUUGUCCAGUUAGAUGUACCAUCCCUCCCACUUUAUACAUAUUCAGUUGCUUCUGCAGUAUUAUUUUGGAUUAAUCUGUGUAACAUACUGUUCAAAAAGUACUGUCAAGUUUUAAACAUAAAAGGCACAUACCUGUAUUUGACACACAUAAGUCAUGUAUUGUGUUACAUCUACACUGACUUUUAAAUGUUAAAGGCCCCAACCAGUGGUGCCCUGUGAAGCUCAUUGUUGCUUUCUAUGAAUAGAAUAAGUCCCAAUGUGCUGAUAAAUCUGCAAUAUCAGCUUUGCUACAAAAUAAUCAUUUUGGAUGACCUGGUCCACAAUCUCUGCAUGGAGCAUGGAGCAGCACAUGUAGAUGUUUCCUUCCUCUGAUUUUCCCUCUCCACCAGUGGACUUCCUCACAAGUGGAAAGCUGCACUGGUGGGCCAGUUGUGUGUGUGCCCAGCAUUGGUAUGUUAGAGACCGACUGGAUCGGAUUUUACUGUAUGUUUCAUGUAUCGCUUAAUCUUGCACUUCAUUUAAUUGGACCUAAGCAUUCACCUGAUAAAAGGGCUGUCAGUUUUUGCUGUAAAUAAUGUGUACAUAUAUAUAUAUGUUUAUACUUUUUAAAAAAAUGGUGUACAUUUCAUAUAUAGUGAUCAAGUCUGAAAAUAAUUUCUAAUAUAAAAAAAAUCUGGUAUGGCAUUUUUAAUAUGUUAACUUUACAUAAUUUGUAUUUUAAUCAGGAUUUACAAGUACUAUGGAAAAAUCAUGACACAUUUAAAAAAAACUUUGGAAGCACUCCUAUUUUUGUUUUUCAGUUCAGAGUAGUUUUAGAAUAGAAGGUACUUUGUGUUUCAGGAAGGCUACAGUUAUUGGAUGAAAUCUAGUGCGAUGUUCGCAUGAAAAAUCCUAGUGCUGGUGUUCUUUCUUUAGUGUAUUUUAUUGCCAACGCAUAAAGUCCUGAGAACAGGAUUUCUGCUAGUGGAAAUAUUUUUGUAUCAGCUGACACAUACCAUUUGCUUAUUAACCUUUGUACAUUUUUGUGUUUUAAAAAGUACCACAGAGGAGAGAGAACAUUUUGAAGAUGUUAAAAAGACUGAAUCUGCCUCUUUAAAAUAUAAAUUAUUUGUGAGUGUUUAUGUCACACAUUUUUCCUUUUGAUACAGAAAUUAGCAAAUGCUAAAUAUUGGCUUAAAAAAAUAAAAUGUGGAUAAUUGCAUCAGGAAACCUUAAACUAUGUUUUUAAAAAUGAUUUUUAUGUUGAUAAAAUACCAAACUUUUAAAGAAAAAAUAUCAGCACCAAAUCCGUACACUUGCACAGGGGGCAUUUACCACGGUAUAUGUAUCAAACACAGGUUUAAUAAGCUGUUGACACACUUUUCAAAGUUACAUUUUUGGACCAUUAACACUGAAAAAACCUGACAUGUGGGUCCUUGAGUGAUUUAUUUAAACUUUGUCACUUAAUGUUGAGGCAUAUAUUGUAAAGCAAUUUAGGAAAAUUAUCUGGAAUAGAGUUUUGAAACUGACACGUUAUAAACCGAUGCCUAUUUUGUAUAGUAUGUAAAUCCAAAACAUAGCAUACAGUUUUUAAAAAAUCUUAAUUUUUGUCAAUGUUAAUUUCUUUUAGAAAUCUGCUUUAUCAUGUUAUAAAGUGCAGUCUCUCACCUGGAUGAACAGUGCCCUUUCUUCUUGUACAUACUGAUUAAAACUUUUAUUGUUAUGUGAAACACGUUGGUUUUGAUGAAUACUACUUGGAAUCCUUUUAUACAAACUAGAAUGUAUGUGUAAGAAUUACUGUCACUGCAAUGUAGUAACUACAAAACUAUUUUUAAAUAAAUAAGAGAACUCGUUUUUCUAA